AUGCAGUACUUCCUGUCCCUGAACAAGGACUCUGGCAAACUCUGCGAGGCAUUCAAACGAGACCUCUUCCCCACCGAAGUGCCUGUAACAGCAGAAGAGAGGGAUUUUCCUCUCGGUUUUAUCCUCACUGCGUACAAAAGCAUCAAUCAGGUGGCGCGUCUGCUACGUCUCAUAUAUCGGCCACAAAACUUCUACGUCAUUCACGUAGAUAGAAAGUCACCACAGGAGUUCUAUGACGCAGUCCAAGAAAUCGCAAAAUGCUUCGGUGCCAACGUUGGUGUAGUUCCUCGAACUGAAAAUGUCAGUGCCAUCUGGGGAGAUUACACGGUUCUAGAACAGGAACUCGUUGCUGCGCGAAUGCUCCUUCAAAUGGGAAAAUGGCGGUACUUCAUAAAUCUGACUGGCCAGCAAUUGCCUCUGGAAUCGGUUCUUGGAAUUGAUGGCUCCAGCAUCAUUGACACCACAUUUAAACACUGCAAUAAACACCGGAUACCGAGACUUAGACCGCCACUUGCAGUAGGUGGUGGGACCUGUAAGUCAGCUUAUUUCAUGGUGUCUUCAACCAAAUCAUGCACUCUGACGCAUCUGCUAGCAGACCUGAUAGCACCUGUAACGUGCUGUCUAAGCGCUGCAGAUUUUUGCCUGGAUAAUAAUGUUCUUACUCUGGCUGUUCUAAAUCACAGUCAGUAGGUAGACGGAAUGGGGAAUUGCUGUGAUGCAGACACCGCAAGGUACUGCAGGAAAUAGCGCUGUUAUGGCUAAUGACGGGCGAAAGCAUUUGUACGGUUGCAGAAAGCGAAUGAAGUAAGGUUUAAAAAUCAGCGUUGCGGUCUUUGGUUAGUCCGGCUUUAAGAAAGCCGAACGAAAACAGGUGAGUCCUCAUUGUGCGUUCAGCCUGAACUCAGAAGGUUCAGGUAUUUAGGCAAAUGGCAAGACGUAUUGUAGGACAGCGCGUCGGUAAUGGCCGAAGCUGGUCCGUUUAAUCUUAAAUCAGUUAGUCAGACCCUAGUCCCAAAUGUAGCCUACUAUAUCUGUCUAGAAGGAGGGGCUAAGAUGUAAUAGCCGUCUAGUUUGCCAGACCAGGCGGAUAUAGAAGGAAGUAAAUGUUUGUCAGCUUUAUUGGUGACUUUCACUUUGAAGCUGAAGACAGAACCAAAUACUGCCUUUUGUUCAAACUUACGCUUUACUUUAAUCGAAAAAGAAGGUAAACGUUUGUAGAUAAGCUGCUGCUUAACGCAUUAUUUAAGUGCAAAAAUACAGACUACCUAAAUCGGCAUGUUGCAUGUUCUCAAACACACUGCCCAAUUUCAGAUUUUCACAUGGUUAGCAAGUCAUGUGCCGCGUAGUGUGCCUAUGGACCCUUCGAAGUCUGUAUGGAGAGGCUUCCUGAUAUUCAUACACAGUGGGCAACAGUGAAGAAUCUGAACGUAGGAUGGCAUGGCUUUAAUCCGCGUAGAAGUCCCCUUGCCUACACAGGGCGGCAUCUGGCAAGGAAGUCAGUGGGAAGUAGGAGGAUGAGGCGUAAACAGAAACUGCAGGUCUCAACAUUUGUGGCAUAAGGCUGCUAACCGAAGUAAUAGUAUAAAACAAGAGUAAAGGGAUUGAACGAGACAUUGCCAACGGCGUGAAAGAAGAAACGGGGAACGCUUUACCGCAGCCUAUAGGGUGACGGACAAAGGAUUACGAAGCUCAUUAACAUUUGCAGACAGAGAUGAACAAAGAGACCUGUCAGAGUGCUUAACGGUGGGUGUCAGUAAGAACGCUCACGGAGAAAAUCAGCCCAACCGUUUUUUGUAUCCUUGCAAUGCAGGCUGAUAUCAGACUUGAUGAGUGAUUGGCCACACUCUGGACCCACUUGUCUACCAAAGUGUUAAUGUUCAGCAGAUUCUUUGAUGUUCGGUUGCAAUAACUGCACGGCCUAAACAAAGUACAUAUUUGUACACAGGAUCGACUUGUUUUGCCUGCCAGUGGGGGAUUCUGCCGUUGCAAGUGACGCUGUCUGGCAGUUUUGAGUAAAUCGGUGUCACCUUGUUAAUCACUGGGGAAUAACGUUGCUUU